GCCGCGCACAUGGCCUCCGCGGUGCUCACCCCGCUGCCGCGCAGGCGCCGGGCGAGCCGGGACUUGCGGUCGGCCCCGCGGAUCAUUCCGCCGCCGCCUUUGUGUGGCCGAACGCUAGAAAUGGCUUAUUUCCCCUCCCUCCGUCCAAAGUCAAACCCAGACCCUCUGGUCCCCCUCGGUCGCCGGAACCCGGCCGGGGGAGAGCGGCGGAAGGCUCGCUCCCGGGGGCGGGACCCGGCGCGGGCUGGCCGGGCCGCCGCGGGCAUGCUGGGAGUGCGCCCGCCGUGUCCCUCCGCGCCGACGGGGACUUUUCGGUGGGGAUUUUGGGCGCCGACCAGACGCGGCAUUUUCGGAAAAUAGCGCCCCGUGCAGCGAAGCGCUCCGUGUGUGGCGGGGCCGCGUCAGCCCUGCCGGCUCCGAGGCGCCGCGGUCCCCGCACCUCCUCCCGCCGCUCCCCCGCCGGCGCUCCCGAAGCUUUUCCAGUUCGUGUGCUUCAUUUAGAUGUCCCUGGUAGAUUUGGGGAAGAAGCUUCUAGAAGCGGCACGAGCAGGUCAAGAUGAUGAAGUUCGCAUUUUGAUGGCAAAUGGAGCUCCUUUUACUACAGACUGGCUGGGAACUUCUCCUCUUCAUCUGGCUGCACAGUAUGGGCAUUACUCUACCACAGAGGUACUUCUCCGAGCCGGUGUAAGUAGGGAUGCCAGGACCAAAGUGGACCGGACACCACUGCACAUGGCAGCUUCUGAGGGCCAUGCCAGCAUAGUAGAGGUUUUGCUUAAGCAUGGUGCUGACGUCAAUGCAAAGGAUAUGUUAAAGAUGACAGCUCUGCAUUGGGCAACAGAACACAACCAUCAAGAGGUGGUGGAACUUUUAAUCAAAUAUGGUGCUGAUGUACACACGCAGAGUAAAUUUUGUAAAACUGCGUUUGAUAUUUCAAUAGACAAUGGAAAUGAAGAUUUAGCAGAGAUAUUACAGAUUGCUAUGCAGAACCAAAUCAACACCAACCCGGAGAGUCCUGACACUGUGACAAUCCACGCUGCCACACCCCAGUUCAUCAUUGGACCUGGAGGGGUGGUGAACCUAACAGAUGAAACAGGAGUAUCUGCUGUUCAGUUUGGAAACUCCUCUACGUCAGUAUUAGCUACGUUAGCUGCCUUAGCUGAAGCAUCUGCCCCAUUGUCCAAUUCUUCAGAAACUCCAGUAGUGGCCACAGAGGAAGUGGUUACCGCAGAAUCUGUGGACGGUGCAAUCCAGCAAGUAGUUAGCUCAGGGGGUCAGCAAGUCAUCACCAUAGUUACAGAUGGGAUCCAGCUGGGAAACUUGCACUCUAUUCCAACCAGUGGGAUGGGUCAGCCCAUCAUUGUGACCAUGCCUGAUGGACAGCAAGUGUUGACAGUACCAGCAACAGACAUUGCUGAAGAAACUGUCAUCAGUGAAGAGCCGCCAGCUAAGAGACAGUGUAUGGAAAUAAUUGAGAGCCGGGUGGAGUCUGCAGAAAUUGAAGAGAGAGAAGCGCUUCAGAAACAGCUAGAUGAAGCCAACCGAGAGGCCCAGAAAUACCGACAGCAGCUGCUGAAGAAGGAGCAGGAGGCGGAGGCCUACAGGCAGAAGCUGGAGGCCAUGACACGUCUUCAGACCAACAAAGAAGCCGUUUAGCCGCUGUGGACACGUGUUUGUUUUUACCUUUUGUCUAGAAAGAAUGCAGUCUUGAACUGUACACAGUAAGGACACAGCCAUGGUGUACCGGAUAAUAGAAAGUGCUACAGAUUGAUAAUGGGACUUAAGCCAGGAGCUCCGAAUUCUUGUAAUAUAAAACUUUACAACUUGUGAAAUGUAUUUAAAACUGAAUUGUGUAAAUAGUUUUUUGGUUGUUUCUUUUUUUACAGUUACAAAUGAGUUAAUAAAGAUUGUUGAGGAGAUCCAAAACCCACAGUAAGCCACUGUUACAGGGAAUUCUUUCUGAUUUGGGUACAGACUUAAUUUCUCAGAAACAAGAAGUUUUAAGGGUGGUUGUUGUCGGUUAGACCAAAUGUGUAAUAAUUAUGGUGAACUGAUGCUGGAAAUAACUCUGUGAAGAGAUUUCUCCCAGGAACUUUUGUACAGCUUUUAAGUUGUCUCAGGUUCUCUGAAAACAUUUUUUAGGAAGCAGAAAUUUUAUAUUUGUUCAAUUUCAGCUACAUGCAAGUAGAUUUACAUGUAUAUGAAGCAAAUAUUUUUAAAAUUUUGUUUGUACAUAUUCUGCAUGUGUUAUGAUUUUAAAAUGCAUCACCUGCUUAGGUAUGUUUCCCACAAAGCCGAUGAAGAUUAACAAGAAAAAACAAAGGCAACACUGUCGCUCUGCUGGUCAUUGAAAGUAAGUAAGCUAGCAACUGGCUCUGCUGGCCGCUGUGACAGUGUUCUUGGAGGAGCAGCUGGCAAGAGAACUCGGAUCUGCAAAAUCUGUGCUUUUUUGAGAAUUCCAUUGUGGGGACGUGAGACUGUAUUCUGUGCCUUCCAUCAUGAUUUCCACACGAGCACUUUGAGGCGCUGGAUUUUAAGAUAAUGUUUUUGGCAUUUGGGUUUCUGAAAUAUUUCAUGGACUUACUCCCCUCCCCCUAAGAACUUAUUCUUAUGGAAAAUUGCUUUUGUAUGCAGAACAGGAACUUUUUGUACUCAGUGAUGCUAUAGAUACGUCUAAUGUAACUUUCGCUGUUUCCUGUGAAAGCUCCGGACCUGUGCGACUCACUCUCAUCCCAAUAUUGUCUGAAAUAUGUGGACACUUGACAGACUAUUCCAUUCUUUUUUGUAAAAUGUAACUUCAAGCUCUUUAUUGUUCUGUUUUGUUUUGUUUUAUUGCUUUAUGAAAAUGUUUAACUCCCAAACCUCUCUAGAUUAUCUGUAUAAAGAGCCAAUUACCCUCAAGACUGUACUCUGGCCUCCUUUUCUAUUUUACAAUUAAAUAACUUUCCACAUA